AUGACUGGCCCUGACACAAAGCAGGCCGACUCCAAGGAUGGAGCAGUCACUCAGUACUACGAAAAUUCAGAGCCUCAGGGUGAGGUCCUUGAGACAAGAUACGCAGGCCUUGGAAGAUGGCUCACCGUCAAAACCUUCUGGAAGGCAAUGCUCUUCUGUAUGGUUCUCAACUGGGCGGCACUGAACGACGGCUUCCAGCAGCAAGUCCCCGGAAACGUCAUCCCAAUGCAGGCAUUCAUCAACCAGAUGUACGACACCAAGAUCGAUGGUCAACCCGCCGUCAGCGCCAAGGUCGUCUCCUACUGGCAGGGCUUUGCCGAGAUGUCAAAGACCGUGGGCAUGUUCGCUGGUGGAUGGUUCGCGGAUCGGUUCGGCAGAAAGAAAGCAAUGAUGGGCGCAAUCAUCGUCCUUCUUGGGGGAUCAAUCACUGAAAUCACCGCCUUCAGCUGGCAGAGUUGGCUCGGAGCUGCAGUUUUUGUCCGCCUGGGUGUUGGACUUGCACAGUCUAUCCUCAUUACAUACAUCUCUGAGAUCGCUCCCUUCCAGAUCCGUGGUUUCAUGAUUGGUGCUUACCAGCUCUGCCUUGGUUUUGGACAACUCAUCGCUGCUAUCGCGACCCAGCUUGUUGUCGAACAUCAACCCAACAAGUGGAAGCCCUUGAUCGCCACAGAGUUCGCCUUCACUGCCGUCCUCAUCAUCUUCAUUUGGUUCGUUCCCGAAUCGCACAUCUACCAUUCUCGCAAGGGACAGCAUGAGCAGGCCAAGAAGUCUAUGCUCAGUCUUUAUGGCAACAUCUCUGGCUACGACGUGAACCAUGAGUAUCGUGUCGUCCAGCACGGAAUUGAAGCCGAGCUCGAGCUGGCUUCGGCUUCUCGUAGCUCUUCCUUCUUUGAGAUCUUCAACAGUCAGAACUGGCGCAGAACAUUGGCUGGAUGUCUUGGUAUCUGCAGUCAAUGGGCCGCCGGUGCACCCAUCGUAUUCUCAUACUCCACCUACUUCUUCAAGGUUGCAGGACUCGCAGAUCCUUUCUUGGUGACCAUCAUUACAUUCGUGCUUCUCAUCGUCUCCAUAUCGUGCUCUUUGGUUGCUUGUGAACACAUCGGUCGCAGACCCCUCCUGGUCGGUGGAUGCUUCAUGAUGUGCAUCUUCAACAUCUGCCUUGGCACGACUGCCUUCUUCAAGACUGAGGGUGCUCCCAAGGCUGCUCUCGGGUUCCUCUUGCUAUGGGUCAUCUGUUACGGUGCUUCGGCUGGACCCAUCGGCUUCGUUGCUGCAGGAGAAACCUCCACUCCUCGCCUGAGAGCUCAGACAACCUCGUUCAAUCUCGGAUGCUACGGUCUUGGCUUCGUCGUUUUCCAGUGGACAGUCUCCUACAUGAUCAGUCCUGAUGCUGCCAACCUCGGCAUCAAAGCUGUCUACGUCUGGGCCGGUCUUCUUGUUCCAUUCACUAUUCUACUCUGGCUCUACUACCCCGAGACCUACGGUCGCACAUACUGGGAGCUUGACGAGCUUUACGAGCGCAAGAUCCCCGCUUGGAGGUUCAAGAGCACUGCCACCUCCUCAGAUCAAAGUGGCAACAAGAACACUGCUCUCAUGUCCGACGCUACCAAGCAAGAGGUCAAGACAGUGGUCUAG